AUGGCCCACUUCCUUUCAACCCGGGCCCCCACCAACGGCUUGGCUACUGCCAAAGUAGUACAGUGCAAAUGGCAGGAGCCGCCCUUCUUGGAAUUGUUUCUGGAUCCUGAGGUCAUUCUAUCGACCGCGGCUGACUGCCCAACGCGAGUCUCCAAACCGCUUGCGCCACACAAGCUUUCCGCCAUUGAGCAUUACUUCACGUUGAUGGGCAUUCAAAAAGUGAACCCCCUGCAACGGGCUAUCCCGGCUGCUACUCAUACACCGGCCUCAGAGCGCAUGCUUCAGUCGUUGGGCCCAAAACUGGUGGACCACACCAAGUUAUCUAGCAACGGCGUGGAUUCAAGUUACGGCUGUCUGAGGUUCAACAACAGUCUUGAUUUGGCCCCAAUUGGAGCUAGUAAACUGAAGCCGUUAUCUGGAACGACCUUACCACUAUUCCGGGCCUUGUUUGGCAAUUUUGAUCAAGGUUUGUUGCCGGUCAGUGCGGUCUCAUCCCCAGGCUUGCCAGCUCAGUCCGGGAGCUUCAAGCAGACUGGCCGCAGCACAACAGGCAGACCCAAACUGAUCCACCCCUUGUUGAUGAAUCUGACGGCAAGUUUCAGUUGGCCUGGGCAGAAGAAGACUGCAGGCAACAACACGGAGACAGGAGACUUGCUGGUGCCCAGCAGCCUCGCCCAUAAACUCUUAGGCCACAACAAGGAUAAGCUUGAGCAGACCGGCAAGCAGCUGAUCAGCCUCAUCCACUCCCUCAUCAUGCGCAUCAAUGAGGCCCACUGGCAGACUAUUCUCGCCCAAUCCGCGGCCCGUCUCGCGCCCUCUUAUCCCUUCUACCCCUCGCCCAAUUAUCUCGUGGCCCGGCCUAUUCCAGGCUUGAAAUGCACACUGUUUUGUGCUUUAUUUUUGGCAAGCAUAGCCGAGAGCGCCGCUAUGAAAUUCAUCUGGCAGGCCUGUCUGAAAUGGCACCGCACAGAACAGUCCGGCAUCAUGUAG